CAGUGUUGGGAGGUUAUCUCCAGAAGGCACUGAGAUUCUGAGGACAUCAUGUCAAAGGACAAAUCAGAGGAGGUGCCAACCCCCCCAGCCCUGGACGGGGUGGAGUGGAGGGAGCGGUGCCUGUCUCUAGAAGCCUCCUUACAACAGUUUAAACACCAGGUGGCCCGCAUCAGGGAAACCCUGGGAGAAAAGAUGAAAGAAUUGGAGUUUAAAAAAAGGGAGGCAGAGAGUCGUGCCGAAUCAGCAGAACAAAAGCUACAGCUGAUGGAGCAGCAGCUUGCAGCACUACAAUGGCAGCCCAAGGACCCUGAGCACCGAGACACCAAGAUAGAGGACUUAGAGAGGACAUGCCAGGAACAAGCCCACACUAUCAGAUCUCUACAGCAACAAUUAGAAGACCAAGAGAAAGCACAUGUUUUACACAGACAACAAGAAGCCAAGACAGUGGAGGAAAAGGCAGGAAGGAUCAAAGAAUGGGUGACCGCUAAAAUACACCAGAUGGACAAUCAGAACAAAGAACUUCUGCAUGAGAAUGAAUUACUGCAGGAACAGGUUGACAUUCUUCGAGAGAGACUCCAGGCACUUCCUGCUGUGGCAUCCAAGGAAAUCUUCAGACUUAGUCAACAGGAAAUGUUCCCUGGCCUAUCAUCAGAAGCCGAGUCCUCCUGCGUGUCACCUGAUUCCAGACCUGUAUCAGAAUUUACCAGUAUUUCUCAUCUUCUGGGCUCUAGACCUGUGUCUGAGUCCAGCUCUAGGCCAUAUUCUCGACCUGUGUCUGAGGUCAGUCCAGUGCGCAGACUCUCAAAUUCCUCAUGGACAGAGUCUGUUAAAAAGGUCCUGAGAACCCACAGUCUUUCCUUGCCCCCAGAAACAGAUGAACAAGGUCAAGAAGUGGCAGACUAUGCUGAAUCAGACUCUGUGUCAAUGUCCAGUUCAAGGUCAGCAUCCAUGGCUUCAGAUGAACCUCCACAGAUUCCAAAGAGACCCUCAAAAUCCCUUAUGGAAACUCUGAAAAUGGAGGAAGGGUCUGAUGGAUAUAAUAAUAAUGACACAUGUAGUAUUACUCCACCCUCUGAUGACAAUAUACAAGAAGUUACAGCCAACAUUUCAGAUAGUGAUGAUAGUAUGGUGGACAUUGAAAAUGUACCAAUAUACCAAGAAGUGGAUCAGAAUCAUGAAAGUACAUAUGAACCAAAGAAAACUGCCCCUCCUCAAGUUAAAAUAGAAAGAAAGGUGUUCCAUGAUGCUCACUUGAUGGAUUCAUUGAUCAGUUCUAGUAAUGGCAGUGAGGAACUAAUAGGUCAUACAAAGGUCAAAAUCACAGAGGAUAUCCUAUCAUUAGAAGUAGAUCAGAAUGGCAGUGGUGUAGAAAUAGAGGAAGAAAUCAUCUCAGUUACAGUAGAACCAGAUUAUGCAGAAGUGUGUAAGAGUAAGACAACCAAGGUGUCUGCAGCAUUACCUCAGGUCAAACAGAACUCCCAUAUGAGCAUUUAUAAAAGCAGUCCUAAUGCUGUGAGUGCCAUAGCCACACUACCUCGAGUGCGUUCAAAGGGCCACACAAAACCCGAAAUCCUAUAUAGCAGUGGACACAUGCUAAAUCACCUAACUCAGGAACACCACCCCCCACAUGUACUUGAGCCACAUAUAAUCAGCCCCACCAGACAUAGUGCUCUGCAAGCCACAGACUCAAAGAAAUGGGACAGGAGAGCACACACAGUACCAAGGAAACUCAAGCCAUCAGACACAACAGACCCAGCAGAGCUUACUGAGGUUGCUAAGAUCUACAGAGAACUAGAUGUCCCAGUGUAUGCAACUUUAAAAGGAAAGGCAGCUCAGAUCCGUAGUACCCCAUUCACUGAUGAUGAUUCAGAGUCGUCGGACAAUGAGGAUGUUACAGAACAAAUAGAUCUCAGGAACUCAGAAUCUCAGCCUUCUACUCUCAAAGUCUCUGAUUCCAAGAAAUUACAGCAAAGCAGCUCAGGGGCCAUCAAAAGAGGUGUGUCCUGUCCCUCAGUGUCCUCAGAAGUUUCCUGUGAUUAUGCCGAUCCUCCUGACGAGACCUCCGACAAGAGUGAUCUGGAGAGUUUGGAACCAGAGAAAAAACUGCUUCGCUAUACCACAGACAGCCACAAACAGGAUACAUUGGAAAAGUUUGGCUAUCUGUCCAAAUUAGGUGGGAAAGUCAAGAUGUGGAAGAGACGGUGGUUUGUCCUUCGAAAUGGGGAAUUAUUCUACUACAAGUCACAGCAUGAUGUUCUACGCAAACCUCAGGGAACCAUUUCUUUAGAUGAACAAACUAGGAUAGAUAAUACCAAGGGAGAAACAACUUUCCAGAUAAGCAACUCCAAGAAGACAUACUAUUUCAAUGCAGACUCGUUAGCUGACACAGAGAAAUGGAUAAAAAUACUACAGAAAGUUUUGAAGCGACAUGCCACUGGGUUUAUCUUGGACCAACUUGACACUAAGGCAGUUUCCAGAGGAUGGCUUGUUAAGGCAAAACACGGAGUUACAAAAAGAUGCUGGUGUGUGCUGCUAGGGAGAUAUUUCUUAUAUUAUAAAAACAAAACAGACAAGACUCCUUCUGGUCAGAUCCACUUACGGGAUGCAAGGAUUGAAGACGUGGACAGCAGCGAGGACUCGGAUGAUGAGGCAGACUAUGAUGUCAUCAGUCAGUAUACCAUUGCCAUCUGGCCACCAUUCCAAGGUCCCACCUACCUCAUGCUUCCUAGCAAACAUGAAAAGGAUUCCUGGUUGUACCACCUGACUGUUGCUGCUGGGGGAGGAACAGGAAAUGUUGGUACAGAGUAUGAACAACUCAUUGCAAAGGUCAUGGAGGUCAAUGGAGAUCCAAAUUCUUUAUACUGGAAACAUCCCAUGAUGCUUCACACCAAAGAACCACUUUCUAAACCUUUAACAACACUUCCUUCAGAGGAUCUGCAGGAGAGAGCUCUGGAUCUGUCAAGGGAUAUAAAUGACUUUAUCUACACCCCCAUUGAUUCCACCAAGCUAGAGCUCCAUGUUGAGUUAGCUCAGACUAUCUUACAGACCUGCCUACAAUUCCCUGAGUUACAGAAUGAGUUCUACUGUCAAAUGAUCAAGCAGCUGUCUGCUCAUCCUGUCACCCACAAAACAGCGGUACAAAACCUGCUGUUGUGUGGUAAACAUUCCUGGUAUCUGUGCCACACCACCCCCACCUCGCCCACAAACUCUGUAUCAGACCUGUGUGAGGGAAGGUUGAACCCCAUCACCACUGUGUUCCUCCAGGGAUGGCAGCUGCUAUCCCUGUCCACCUCACUGUUCCUCCCCAAACAGUCCAUCAUGUGGCACCUCAAGGUCCACCUGCAGAGGCUGGCAGAUCCAAGGCAUGACAUGGGAAAAUAUGCCAUUUUCUGUCAGAGAGCAUUAGAGAGGACCAUUCUGAAGGGAAACAGAGAUGCCAGACCCUCUCGUAUGGAGAUUAUGUCCAUCUUGUUACGUCAUCCCUACCAUCACUCCCAACCAAUCAGCAUCCCAGUACAUCUCAUGAACAAUACCUAUCAGGUGAUAAGUUUUGAUGGGUCUACCACUGUAGAUGAGUUCACACAGAGCAUCAAUAAAACUGUUAACAUUCGUGAUUCCAAAUACUCAGGGUUCUAUCUCUUCUCCGACCACCCAGGCAACAUAGAUGUAGAACAGUGUCUACAGUUACAUGUCAAGGUUUGUGAUGUGAUUUCGAGAUGGGAAAAAUCUUACCAAGACUUUCACUCAGGGAAAUUAGAUAGCAACAAAACUAUACGCUUCAUUUACAAAAACAGGUUGUACUUCAAAAGUUUGAGUACAUCAGAGACAGAGAAAGAAAAAUUACUACUAGCAUAUCAAACCAACGAGGAAAUCAUUUAUGGAAGAUUUCCACUGAACAAAGAUUUAGCCUUAGAACUUGCAUCUCUUCUAGCUCAGGUAGAAUUUGGGGACCUUCGAGCCCCAAGUGAAUCUAGUCAGACCAGCAGUAGCAGUUCCUCUCCAUUCCACAGUAACAUCACCAAUCAGUUGUCCUCAGUGCUGGACAAGUUCUACCCCCGAAAAUACUCAGAGGCUGAGGAAACCGAACAAAGAGCUGUGGUUAUGAAGUUGUUAGAGAGGUGGACUUCCCUUCGAGGUCGAACAAUACAGGACUGUGUCAGAGUGUAUUUAGCAGUCGUGAGGAAAUGGCCAUACUGUGGGGCAAAGCUGUACAUGGCCAAGAUAAAGGGAUCCACAACUCCAGAUGAUGUGUGGGUAGCUGUACAAGAGGAUGGAAUCUCAGUCCUGGAGCAUGCCACCAUGCAACCGCUGAACACCUAUGAUUACCGUUCUGUGAUCACGUUUGGAGGUUGGAAGGAAGAUUUUAUGUUAGUGGUCAGUCAGCUGUUUGAGUCAGCUCCACAUCAUUAUGAACACAGAACAGAGAAACUCCUUUUUGCCAUGCCAAAGUUUAAGAUACUGGAUUUGACCCUUCUAAUUGCAAGUUACAUCAAUGCUCGGGUUCAAAGACCAUCUCCAGAUACAAGUCCAGACAUCUGAGUUUAAAGUUGAAGUUCAAGGUCUUUAAUAUACAUACAAGGCUAUUUUCAGACUUUUCUUCAUUUUAAAAUUUUUGGAACAAUUUUAGAGUGCAAUAUUAUAUGUUCACGUUUAAGUGUUCAGCACAAUGGCUUGUUUUCUGUAAUACUCAGGUAUAUACAACCACGGUAAUGUUCAUGCAAGUGUUAUGUUAAAUUCAUUACUUGAAUUGUUGUAAAUAAUGCAAAUAUGAAAAAAUGCAUUUUCUUUGACGAAUAUUGUAAAACAUGCACUAAAGGUGCCACAGGUAUUUAGAAGAAACUUAAAGAAAAAAAAAACAAACAAUUUUUUACAUCAUUUUGGUUUUUGCAUGAUAUUAACUACAGUGUUAUUUGUCACUAGACAGUUAAAAAUUAGAGAAAUA